AUGCAGAUUCGAGCCAUCACUUUCGUUAUUUCAACAGCACUUGUCAACGGUGCUGCCGUUCAGACUACGGACAGAUCUGUAGGUACUCUUGUGGACUGUCCUAGUGUUCGAUCUCAAGACUCGCCGUGCCUAUGGGCUGGAGAAAAUGGCCAAGUCGUUGAUUCACGAUCACUCCGCGAGCUUUUUAUCGAGCGCAACUAUGUGGCCUACAGUGACAAAGAGUCGUACGGACGCAACCUGCAAGAGCACAUGACGUAUAUCGAAGAUGUGAGCAUGUAUGCAAGGCAAGUAGGUCAUGAUUUCUCGUAUCACAUGGGCGUGAACGAUCGCCACUUGACGUCGUCGUCCACGCGCAAGUUAACGCCCGAGCAAUUUGUGGAUCAGGAAUUGACCUCCGCAAACUCACGUCGUCUACAGGAAGCAAACAGUACAAACAACAGCACAAUCUCAAAUUCAGGGAGCUCGGAAUACUGGAAUUGGUGCGACAAAGACAACUCGGUGGGCCACAGCGUGUGCUCGCCUGUGAAAAGCCAAAAAAGCUGCGGAAGCUGUUGGUCGUUCGUAGCCGCAGACGCGAUCGAAACUGCUGUGGUGAUCACUGAAAAUGCAUCGGCGGCCGUAUCGUUAUCGCCUCAGCAGUUCCUCACGUGCAGUUCGUUGCAAACCACUCAAACGUUUGAGUAUUGCUGGGCUUCGGACAGUGGGGUGGCUGGUGCCAGCUGGAUGCAGACCGAGAUCAAGUGGGAAUCGCAAAACGACGGGUGCAAUGGCGGCAUGACCCACGGAGCGUUCAUGGAUGCGGCUCAGAAUGGCUGGGGUCUGGUGACAGAGCUUACGAUGCCGUACGACGACUCUAAUUCUGGAAGCUCGUCGGCAACGAACUUGUCCUCAUCGUGCAGCGUUAGUGCGGAUCAAGCAGCCGCUAGUAUAACUGGUUGGGAGCAGAUCGUGGGUGGUGACUGCACUGCCUCUAAGAACUGCACUUUACUACUCCGCUCAGCACUGGAGAAGCAGCCGAUCGCUGUGGCUAUCACCUCAAAUGGCGGCUUUGGCGAGUACGCUGGCGGGUUCUACAACUGCCCUAACAAUGGCGAAAUGGCCUCCAAGAACGACCUGAAUCACGCUCUGCUGCUGGUGGGCUAUGGCACGGACUCGUCGGUCGGUGAUUAUUGGAUCCUCAAGAACUCGUACGGCAGCUCGUGGGGAGAUAGUGGCUUCAUGAAGCUUGUGGCGGACGCCAAGAUUAACUGUGGCCUGAACGUGUUCCCCGUUAUUCCUACUGGCGCGAAAGCCGGUGCCCAAGCGAGCACGACUGUUGACAGCGGUGGAGAUAAAAUCUUCGUGGGUCUCAGCCCAACGGCGUGGAUCGGCGUUGCAGCCGCGACCACCAUUUUCACGCUGGUUACGACGGCGAUCGGUAUUGGAGUGUCACAGCGGAAGCUGAAGGUAAUCCGCAAGCAGAACUCGGCCAUGUACGCGGCCCGAACUCCCACGAAUACCCAAAAUGGAUUUUAG